AACUGAAAAAGCAGCUGUGUGUCUUCAUAAAAGGGACUGAUCGCUGGAGCUCGAGUCUCAGUUGUUGCGAGAAGCAUUGUAAUGGAGAAAUCAGGUGGAGUUCGAGCUACCAUGACUGUUCUCAUCUGUGUGCUCUGCUCUUCGUCAAUUGCCGCUGUUUUGCUUCUUUUCUUUGGCGUCGGCACUUCCGGUUUGAGAAGGGCCAACUCUUAUGGUAGCCUGAAAUUAGAUUAUCCAGUGUCUGCUACUUCAUCAUCGCCGAUCAUUCAGCUGCAGAGAAAUGUGAUCAGCUCAACCGAACGUCCCGUUCAAGCCGUGAGCUUCACUUCUACUAAUGAGUCCUCCAAGUCCAACGACGAAGAACUCGACCCGAAUCUUCAUAGGAGAAGAGCUUCUGCUAGUAAGGUGAAGACAUUGAUCAGCAGAAGACAGAGGUUAGAGAUGGGACUCGCUCGAGCACAAUCUUCGAUUAGAAAGGCGGCUUCGCAGAUUAAUAUUCUCCCACCAAAUUUCAGUUCCGAUCCCGUAGAGAUUCCUCCUUUUGCAUCUGUCUAUCGAAAUCCCCGCGCAUUCUACCAGAGCUAUUUGGAGAUGGAGAAAAGGUUCAAAGUGUAUGUUUACCCGGAAGGGGACCCGCCCAUAGUCCACGAUGGGCCGUGCAAGAACAUAUACACGAUCGAGGGCAGGUUCAUACACGAGAUGGAGCACGACAAGAGUCGGUUCAGGGUGACGGAUGGGAAGAGAGCGCACGUCUACUUCCUGCCCUUCAGCGUCACAUUCAUGGUGAAGUACAUGUAUAGGCCCCUCACCUACGAUGUCACCCCCCUCCAGCAGUUCGUCUCCGACUAUGUGGGUGUCAUCUCCGCCCGGUACCCUUUCUGGAACAGAAGCAGCGGAGCUGACCACUUCAUGCUCGCCUGUCAUGAUUGGGGUCCACAUGCAUCAAGGGGCAAUCCUGAUCUGUACAACAACUCGAUCCGGGUUCUGUGCAACGCUAACACCUCGGAGGGCUUCAGCCCUCAGAAAGACGUGAGCCUCCCGGAGAUCCACCUCCUCGACGGCAACAUCCCCUCCGCCCUCCUUUCUCCACCACUGCUGGCCGCCCCUCGGCCCCACUUGGCCUUCUUCGCCGGGGGCAUCCACGGCCCAAUCCGCCCUCUUCUCCUCCGCCACUGGAGAGACAACCACCGUGACCCCAACAUCCUAAUCCACGAGUACCUCCCAUCUGACCUCGACUAUUACACCCUAAUGCUCCAGUCAAGGUUCUGCCUGUGCCCUAGCGGCCAUGAGGUGGCCAGCCCCAGGAUCGUCGAGGCCAUCUACGCCGAGUGCAUCCCCGUGAUUCUAUCGGAAAACUAUGUCCUUCCUUUCAGCGAUGUCCUGAGGUGGGAGGCAUUCUCGGUCCGAGUGAAGGUCUCAGAUAUCCUGAGGCUGAAGGAGUUGCUGGAGGCUGUCACAGAGAAGGAAUAUCGGACACUGAAGGCAGGGUUGAGGGCGGUCCGGCGGCAUUUCGUGCUUAACCGCCCAGCUCAGAGGUUUGACGUGUUUCAUAUGAUAUUGCAUUCUAUUUGGCUCAGGAGGCUGAAUAUUAAUCUUUGAGUAGACGAAACUUUUAGCAUCAUUUUAUUUUCCCUCCUCCAUCGACUGUGCAUAUCGAUAGAGUAAUUGCAAGCAAAUUGAAUCUGAUGAUGGUUCGUGCUAUGACUCGAGCCCAUGAUAUACAGAAACAUGAUGAAUAUUGGCAAUCCA